CCUACCCACAUAGAGGGUUGUGUUUGAGUAACUCUAGUAUUCAUUUUGGUAACAGUCUUCUUUCGGGAAAAACCACUCUCAAACAAACCCAACAUUCGUCUACCUUCUAUCGCAUUCCAUUUAUUAAACAAAACCAUUUUUUCAACAUAACUUGGACACCCUUUAAAGCUAUGGAGGUGUUGCUCUAACUCUCGCUAGGAUUCAGACAAAAGAACAUCAUCAACAACAUAGUCGAGAGUGGUUUCAAUGGCGGUGGAAUACAAGUGCUGUGAAACUCAGUUUUUCAUGCGGUUACUGAUAAUUGUGCUGCUUGUGUUGUUUGCUGGAAUGAUGUCAGGGCUCACUUUAGGACUCAUGUCCUUGAGUCUGGUUGAUCUUGAGGUUCUUGCCAAGUCUGGCACCCCUCAAGAUCGCAAACAUGCUGCGAAGAUAUUGCCUGUUGUCAGAAAUCAACAUUUACUGCUUUGCACCCUUCUAAUUUGCAACGCUGCAGCUAUGGAGGCACUUCCUAUCUUUCUUGAUAGUCUUGUUGUUGCAUGGGGUGCUGUUCUGAUUUCAGUAACAUUAAUUCUCCUGUUUGGUGAGAUUAUACCACAAUCAAUUUGUUCACGGUAUGGUUUAGCAAUUGGAGCAACAGUGGCUCCAGUUGUCCGUGUCCUUGUGUGGAUAUGUUUUCCUGUUGCCUAUCCAAUUAGCAAGUUGUUGGACUAUUUGCUGGGGCAUCGACAUGAAGCACUUUUCCGUAGAGCUGAGUUGAAAACACUUGUAAAUCUGCAUGGAAAUGAGGCUGGAAAAGGUGGGGAACUGACACAUGAUGAAACAACAAUCAUUGCUGGAGCACUUGAACUCACUGAGAAGACAGCCAGUGACGCCAUGACUCCCAUAACUGAAAUAUUUUCCAUUGAUAUUAAUUCAAAGCUUGAUAGGGAAUUGAUGAACCUAAUAUUGGAGAAAGGGCAUAGCAGAGUCCCUGUCUACUACGAGGAGACUACAAACAUUAUUGGACUUAUCUUGGUCAAGAAUUUACUGAGAAUUGACCCAGAAGAAGGAAUAGCGGUGAAAAGUGUGACCAUACGGAGAAUACCAAGGGUUCCAGAAACUAUGCCACUGUAUGAUAUUUUGAACGAGUUCCAGAAGGGCCAUAGCCACAUGGCUGUUGUUAUCAGAAACACUGACAAGACAGAUCAACACUCUUCUAACAAUAAUGCCAAUGUGAGAGAUGUGAAGGUAGAUAUUGAUGGCGAGAAGACUCCCCAAGAGAAUAAUAAUCUGUUGAAAAGCAAAAGGUCACUCCAAAAAUGGAAGAGCUUUCCAAACUCGAAUAAUUCGAACAGGGGAAGUUACAGGAGCAGAAAAUGGUCAAAAAAUAUGUACUCAGAUAUCUUGGAAAUAGAUGGAAACACACUUCCAACACCACCAGAAAAAGAAGAAGCUGUUGGAAUUAUCACCAUGGAAGAUGUCAUUGAAGAGCUUUUACAGGAGGAGAUCUUUGAUGAGACCGAUCAUCACUUUGAAGACUCGUGACAACGAUCUUUCAACAGUGUCUCACCUUAAUUUCACAUACUUAUCUUAGAUUCAUAGAUGAUUAUUACAUUAGAUAAUCAGAAAACUGUUGGGGGUGUGAAUAAUUGAUGUGAUAAGAACGUGAGAAGCCCUUAUCCAUGGUAGAAUCUAUUUUUGUUAAUACGUUUACAUCAAAAUUAUUUUCCUUUUUCUUGA